AUGGUGGCGGCGGUAUCCCGCAGUUUUGCCGCGCAGAACCCGAAGAUGAUCCGAACUGCCUGCCUGGUGACCGCCAGACCAAGUAUUACUUCAGCGCUGCCGUCGGUAGAUGUCGCUCUUUCGUAUCGGUCGACUGCGAGCGGGGCAGAAACGUGUUCUUGACGCGGCGGGAGUGCGAGCAGGCAUGCAGUGGCCGUGACGAAGGUGGUGGUGAGAGGCCCCAGUUCUGCCGUGCCGAGCCCGAGGCCAUCUCCAACUGCCGGCCUGGUGAUCGUGAAACCAAAUACUACUUCAGCGCCGCUGACGGGAGAUGUCGCUCCUUCGUGUCGCUCGGAUGCGAACGAGGCAGGAAUAUGUUCUUCACAAUGCGGGAGUGUAGGGAGGCUUGCGAUGCCAGCGACACGGAAGGUGCUGGCAUGUGCUUGCUGCCGUCUGACCCGGGCCCGUGCGCCGCCUUCGAGACGCGCUGGUACCGAGACCCGGCUUCGGGCACCUGCGAGACCUUCCAGUAUGGCGGCUGCGAGGGCAACAGCAACAACUUCCUGACGCGAGCGGAAUGUUUAGAGCGCUGUCAGAACGACAACCGGGCCGAGAACGAGAUCUGCAACCAGCCGCCGGAGACGAACGACCGCCCGUGCCGGGACGAGGUGACACGCUUCUUCUGGGACCUGGCCAGCGGCGCGUGCCGCUCCUACCGCUACUCGGGCUGCGGCGCCACGGCCAACAACUUCCGCUCGCUGCGGGACUGCAGGACGGCGUGCCGGGGACGGGACUCGGAGGGCGGCCGGCCGCCGACGCAGCAGCGCUGCCUGGAGGCGCCCGAGGAGAAGCCGGCCGACACGUCCAGCUGCGGCCGCCAGCAGAAGCGAUACACGUAUUCGAGUCGUCAGGGAUUCUGCGUUCCGUUCACAUAUACGGGUUGCACUGAAACAGGCAAUAACUUCAUGACCAGGGAGGAGUGCAGGGACACAUGCCAACCGAGAGACCAGUGCACACAGCGGCAGGAGUCGGGCCGCUGCGACGGCCGACUGGCGAGGUUUGCGUACGACCCGGCGGCCAACCGCUGCCGCCGCUUCACCUACUCGGGCUGCGGCGGUAACCAGAACCGGUUCAAGUCGGAGCGCGCAUGCCUGCUGAGCUGCGGCAGCGGCGCCGCCGUCGACAGCCAGGAGGUGUGUCUGCUGCCGCCCGUCGAGGACGGCGCAGUCAACUGCGGGGUCCGCGAGUCCAGGUAUUUUUUCGACUCUGCGUUGGGCCGCUGUGUCUCGUUCACGUUUACGGGAUGCGUGCCGACGGAAAACAACUUUCUGAACCUCGCGGACUGCCAGCAGAUGUGCCAGGCCGAGGAAAUGCCACAGCUCAGUGACAGAGAGGUCUGCGCCCUCGAGCGGGCGCCGGGCUUCUGCUCUGGGCGCUUGCUUCGCUUCUUCUACGACGCCGAGGAGCGUCGCUGCCGGCCGUUCAUGUACACCGGCUGCGACGGCAACGCCAACAGCUUCCUCACCUUCCGCGACUGCAGCACCGCGUGCGCCCCACGCCUGCGCUCCCUCCGGUUGGACGAGUCCACUGUCGUGGCCGAGGUGAAGACGCUCAUGGACAAGAUGGCGGCCAGUGAGAUGGGAGGUUCUAUCACGCCAGAGCCAUGA